UCACUACAAACUGUCACAGAACAGUUCUUCGUUACUAUCGCUCUUAUUGAAAAUUAUCUUAUACCUACUAUUAUUUAUUUCAAAUUUACUAUUUGAACUUUCAUUAUUUUAAAAUUAUUUACUGUUAAUAGUAGUUUUUUCAAUAUAUUACUCUUAUGAUCUUAUUGUUUUCACCAAGUAUAUUAUGCUAUAGAUUUUCAAGGUGUUUUUUAUUGUCUAAAUUCAAAAAUUUUAAUACUUCUACAAUGAGUUCUUUAGAAAAUAUAUUCAAUGGUUGGAAUGAUGUUAACCAGCGAAUAUUAAAAGCUACAGAAAAUAAAGAACAAAAAUUCUUAAAACCAAGACUAGUUGCUGUUAGUAAAACUAAGCCAAUUGAACAAAUAAUUUAUAUCUAUCAUAAAGGUCAAAGACAUUUUGGUGAAAAUUAUGUCCAAGAGUUACUUACUAAAGCUAAUGAUCCUGAAUUGUUGGAAAAAUGUCCUGAUAUCAAAUGGCAUUUUAUUGGUCUUGUUCAAACAAAUAAAAUAUCAAAAAUUUUAUCUGUGCCUAAUUUAGAACUUAUUGAAACAAUUCAUUCUCAAAAAUUAGCUGAUGCUCUUAAUGCAGUCUGGAAAUCACAAAAUAAUAAUUGUCUGCUAAAAAUUAUGGUACAGGUGAAUACUAGUUUAGAAGAAGAAAAAAAUGGAGUUUUACCGAAUAAUACAGUUAAUUUAUGUAAACAUAUAAAAAAUAAUUGUGAAAAUCUUAAAUUAAUUGGUCUUAUGACCAUAGGACGAUUUGGUUAUGAUUGUUCUCUUGGACCAAAUCCAGAUUUUUUGGCUUUAGUUGAAUGUAAAAAGAAAGUUUGUAUGGAGCUUAAUUUGGACUUAAAUGAAUUUGAAUUAUCUAUGGGAAUGUCAGAUGAUUUUGAACAUGCUAUUGAAUGUGGAAGUACAAAUGUUCGAGUGGGAAGUAGUAUUUUUGGUUAUAGACCAAAAAAAGAAAAAUAACUGGCUUAAUUUUAUUUAAAUAAUGAAGAAAUCUAUGAAUGAUUAUAAUAAUUAUUUAUUAAAUAAUAUACAAAUUUUGUUAUGAAAAGUUAUAUUUUAAAUGAUAAUUGAAUGUUUUUAUUAGAAUUUCAACAUUUUAGUCUGUAUAAUAUUUUUACCUGAUAAUUAUAAACCAAGUACCAAUUACAAAUAUUUAAGAAAUAAAAAUUAAAAAUUUGUGGAAUUA